AGUCAUUAAGUCUGAGCUAGCCAAUGGACGCUUUUUGAGGAAGGGCUUCGAAAGCGGACGCUGUUCCCUUUUGUCGGUCUCUCGCGGCUGGCGAAGCGUAGCGGAGGGAAGUCGUCGUUGGCGGGCGUUCGGGCGUCUCUUUAAGGAUGGAACGCGGCGCUUCCUCGGCAUUGUGACGUGGCUGGAAUGUUGAGGCGCUUGAAAGGGUGCGAUUAGAACGUCCCGCUCCGUCCAACGUGGCUUCCCCGGCGGGGCUCUGGGGUCUUCGGUCCCUGCUUCCCCAGGCGCCGCUCCUGCCGCCCCCCCUUUUAACCUCCAGCCAUGCUGACCAGAGAAUGGACGCGGGGGACUACGACGUGCUGUCGGUGCGGGAGCAACUCUUCCACGAGAGGGUCCGGGAAUGCAUCAUCUGCACUCUUCUCUUUGCCAGCCUCUACAUUCUCUGCCACUUCAUUCUAACCCGCUUCAAAAGGCACACAGACUUCACUGUUGAUGAGGACGAGGAUGCUGCUGUCAACAGGAUUGCGCUGUGGCUGUGCACCUUCACCUUGGCGGUCUCUCUCGGGGCCGUGCUGCUGCUGCCUUUCUCGAUCAUCAGCAACGAAGUCCUGCUCUCCUUUCCGCGGAACUAUUACAUCCAGUGGCUGAACGGCUCUCUCAUCCACGGGCUCUGGAAUCUGGUUUUCCUCUUCUCCAACCUCUCCCUUGUCUUCCUAAUGCCUUUUGCCUAUUUCUUCACCGAGGCUGAAGGCUUUGCGGGAUCAAAGAAGGGGAUCAUGGCACGUGUAUAUGAGACCUUCGUGGUGCUCCUGCUGCUAACCUUGUUGGUGCUGGGGAUGGUCUGGGUCGCGUCGGCCAUUGUGGACAACGAUGCGGCCAGCAGGGAAUCUCUUUAUGACUUCUGGGAUUAUUACCUCCCCUACCUCUACUCCUGCAUCUCCCUGUUUGGUGUGCUGCUUCUGCUGUUGUGCACUCCUUUCGGCCUGUCGCGAAUGUUCACCGUAACGGGGACGCUGCUGGUAAAGCCCAGGUUGCUGGAGGACCUGGAUGAACAGCUGAACUGUACAGGGUUCGAGGAAGCUGCCAUUUGUCGCAAGAUCAACUCUGGGAAAACCUCUUGCUGGCUCAACCUUGACAUGGACUUGCUGAGGCAACAGUAUCUAGCAAUCCACACGCACAGGAUAGCCCUGGAAACCCGUGGCAAGGCCUCAGCUUGGCAGAGGAACCUGGGCUACCCAUUGGCCAUGCUGUCUCUGCUCUCUCUGACGGGUAUCUCUGUUCUUGUAGUCUGCUUCCAUGUCUUGGAACUGUUGUUGGAUGAUGCAGCAAUGCCCCGAGGAAUCCAGGAGGCACCACUGGGGAAAGUUUCCUUCUCUGUUUUUGGAUCCUUUGGGGCAGCCAUGCAGGUGAUUCUGAUAUUCUAUUUAAUGAUCUCCUCCCUCGUGGGUUUCUAUAGUUCUCCUUUCUUCACCAAAUUGCUGCCAGAACGACAUGAUACAACUAUGACCAAGAUAAUCGGAAACUGCGUCUCCCUGCUGGUGUUGAGCUCAGCGCUCCCUGUUCUGUCUCGGACACUGGGGAUCACAAGGUUUGACCUGCUAGGCGACUUUGGCAGGUUUAACUGGCUGGGAAACUUCUACAUCGUCUUUCUCUACAACAUGCUCUUUGCUGGACUCACUACUCUGUGCCUGGUGAAGAAAUUCACCUGGGCUGUACAAGCUGAACUCAUCCGGGCCUUCGGCCUCCACAAGCUGCCUCUCCCCGUGACGCGGUCCCAGCAGCCGAGCAAACUCAGCUAGAAUCACCGUCAGUACCUGGAUGAAGCCUGAGUGAGAUGGUGUUGCCCUGCCAGCCGCUUCAGGGAUAUCCUUGACCAUGAGACCGUGGCUGUGCUUUAUACUCUGAUGUGCGGUCCCUGAAGCAGGAAGAGGGCAGAGGCGUCUUGGUCUUGCCCAUGUUUGACCAACAACUUGAUGAAAUUUGAGGGACGGGAGGCGGGAGUGCUUUUGUAGACUCCCUGUCCCCCGCUUCUCCGAGUGGGGGAUGGCCUUGAAGCUCUGAAGAGACCUCACUGUCUUCUCUUCCCAUCCACCAAGGGAGCCUCUUGCAGCUCCACCUCGUGGGGAAAGGACCGAAGCAGCGGGGAGCCAGCUGUGGAGCAGGAGGCAUCAAACUGUUCCAGAGAGACUCUGACGUAGAACUAGCCCUUGGGGUGAUAUUGGGAGCAAAACCGAGGGCGUUGGCUGGUGGGCAAAAGUGCCUGGAGACCCUUGUCUCGGCAGGGGGCACUGCAAAUGUUGCCUUGGCUCCCCUCCUGUGUUUACAUUGUCAAUUUUAAACCUCAGAUCCACCUUGCCCUCACUUCUGACACUAGACCCUGUGGCCUGAAUCUAUCGAGGAGGCGUUUCCUCCUUGACUUUUGAGCCAGUUCUGAAUAGUAAUGUUAAGCUCUGUUCCAUGUUUACAUACCUCACUUAAGUGCAAUAGGAGCUGGCAUAGUUGGGCCAGAUAAUCCCCUGCCUUUCCACUGAGCCCUGUGCGUAUCGGGAUGUGUGUUUGUGUGCUGAUGUGUGCAGAAACUUAACUUGCAAUAUAUACCUUCCUCUUCCACAACAAUGGGCACUAGAGAAAUGUGGAGACACACCUUCUCUUCCCAGUUACUGUUGAAAAACUCAAGAUCCAUUGAACGCUUUGUCUGCAAUAGCAACCACUUGAGUGCCACUAUUCUCCUCUUCCAUAGUGGGGUAGCAAACAUGGGCUUUUCUGGAGCUGGUAGAGGGAUAAUUCCUUAUCCUUGUUCCUUGGUUCCAGCCUACUUCCUAACUGCGUGGCAACCUGAUCCAUUAACUUCAUAGCCCCUUUGCCAGGCAUUUCCCUCUUCUCCCUCCUGAAAUGUGUCUCUAGAAACAGCUCCAUUAUUGUAUAUGCGGAAGAGGUUCAGUUUGGAUCUUGAACAGUUAUGGAAGGAUCGCCUUAAAUCGGUUGAGUGGGCUCAGCAUGCCAGAGAAUUGUAACGUACAACAAUUUGAGGAGGGAAGCCAGAUGAUUGACACCCGUUUGAAGCCGUUCUACCUUUACCUUGCUUGCCGCGAGCGAGCAGGAGCUCAUCCUCGUUGUAGCGACGUAGCUGUGGGUUUGUUGCGUGCUUUUUCCGGGUAUCUGUUACACCCACUGGAACCCCCAGUUUAUACUAUCCUGUAGUGAGCAAGGGUAAGAUGAGCAAGUUCCGUUCCCCAAUUAAUUAAUCUUGAAGGGAAAUGAUAGAACAUGCAAGCUGAAGAGGUGGAGAAAAAGAGCAGGUAUACUGCUGGUGGCAAUAGUCAUUCCUUUCAGAAGGGGUCUGCAACCUGCGGCUCUCCAGAUGUUCAUGGACUACAAUUCCCAUCAGCCCCAUGGGAAUUGGGAAUUCCCAUCAGCAGGGGCUGAUGGGAAUUGUGGUCCAUGAACAUCUGGAGACCCACAGGCUUCAGACCCCGGAAAUGUGUGUAGAGAGUGGUUGGUGGUUCUUCUCUUCUGGUAGGAGUUGUUCCUCCUUGUGUCCUUUUCCACUGUGUUGUACUGUUGUCUGGCUGUGUGUGUGUGUGUGUGCGUGCGCGCGCAUGCAAUACAAGCAAAAGUUUGCCUCCGGACAACAGCUCUCCCAAAUGGCUCAUGAGAGCCCCCUGCAGCUGAUUUGGAGAAUUACAGGUUGUCAAACCCAUAUAGUCCAACAUCAGACAUCCGUAAUCUGUGCUUAACUGUACAUCUGGACUUUAAAAGCGUCCCCAACACCAUCUAGCCUUGCACUGGAAGAGAGCUAUGCACUGCUGAACCGUUUUGUGUCAUGAACACUUUAUAGCGUUGAAGGUCCCACCGACGUGUGCGCGUGGAGGCAACAUAACUGAAGAACUGUGAACCUCUGUGUAUUUUGCUUUGAUUGCACACGACGAGUGUCUGGCUUCAGUUACUGCACUGUUCUUUCAGCUCUUACCCAUAUAAGCAAUAAAUUGCCUGGUAUUUUUUUUUCCC